CCACGCCCCUCGGGCCCUCGGCCUCCUCUUCCUCCUCCUGGGCGGGGAAUCCUGCCCUGCGCUCCUUCGCGGGGGCCACCGGUCGCCCCCGCCUCCGGGACCUGCACCUAGGGCGCGCGAGAUGGACACCCAAGAUCUAGAUUUCUGAACUUCCAUCAGGACAGGUCACAUGUACAAGCCUUCAGAAUUCUGGGGAGGCCAGCCUGAGCUGAAGUGAGAGAAGAGAGAUGCUGGCCUGACAAGGUGUCUGCUGGCUUACACUGAUGACCCACACACAUCUACAUACCUGGAUGCUCAAGCACCAAGACGUUGAUUUGGGAGUCCUCGGCGUGCAGUAGAGCCUCGCUGGGGGAAAUGUCAGCUUGGACCAUGGGCUCCCGCGGUCUGGACAAGCGAGGAAGUUUCUUUAAGCUCAUUGACACAAUUGCCUCGGAGAUCGGAGAACUGAAACAGGAGAUGGUGCAGACAGAUGUCAGCCUGGAAAAUGGCCUGGAACCUUCUGAAACCCACAGCAUGGUAAGACACAAGGAUGAUGGUUAUUCUGAGGAUAAGGAUGGGAAGAUGUGUGCCCGGGACUCUGGCUAUGACAGUCUCUCGAACAGGCUCAGCAUUCUGGACCGUCUCUUGCACACCCACCCCAUAUGGCUGCAGCUGAGUCUGAGUGAGGAGGAGGCGGCAGAAGUCCUACAGUCCCAGCCUCCAGGGAUCUUCUUGGUCCGUAAAUCCUCCAAAAUGCAGAGGAAAGUCCUCUCCCUUCGCCUGCCCUGUGAAUUUGGCGCUCCACUCAAAGAGUUUGCUAUAAAGGAAAGCACAUAUACCUUUUCCCUGGAAGGCUCAGGAAUCAGCUUUGCAGAUUUAUUCCGGCUCAUUGCUUUCUACUGCAUCAGCAGAGAUGUUCUGCCAUUCACCUUGAAGUUGCCUUAUGCCAUUUCAACAGCCAAGUCCGAGGCUCAGCUUGAAGAACUAGCCCAGCUGGGACUAAAUUUUUGGAGCUCCUCAGCUGACAACAAACCCCCAAACCUCCCACCUCCCCAUAGGCCUCUCUCGUCCACCGGCAUCUGUCCUGCCUCCUUGCGUCAGCUCUGCCUUAUAAAUGGAGUGCAUUCUAUAAAAACCAGGACGCCUUCGGAGCUGGAGUGCAGCCAGACCAACGGAGCCUUGUGUUUUAUUAAUCCUCUUUUCUUGAAAGUGCACAGCCAGGACCUCAGCGGAGGCCUGAAGCGGCUGAGCACAAGGACUCCCAACGCUAAUGGCACUGAGAGACCUCGGUCCCCCCCACCCAGGCCCCCGCCACCCGCUAUUAAUAGUCUGCACACAAGCCCUAGGCUGUCCAGGACUGAACCCCAGACGAGCAUGCCAGAAACAGUCAACCAUAGCAAACAUGGGAACGUAGCUCUGCUUGGAACAAAACCAACUCCCAUCCCUCCACCCCGCCUGAAGAAGCAGGCUUCUUUUCUGGAAGCGGAAGGCUGCGCCAAGACCUUGAGCGCCUCCCGGCCCAGCCAGAGCUCAGAGCCGGAGCUGGGCACAGCUGGGAGCGCAGGUGGAGCCCCGCCUGAGGACGCCCCCGAGGAUUGCACAAGGGCCAGGGCGCAGCCUCCCGGCUCUGAAUCACAGUCCCCGUGCCAUGGAGGCAGGCAGAGGUUGAGCGACAUGAGCCUUUCCACUUCCUCCUCCGACUCGCUGGAGUUCGACCGGAGCAUGCCCCUUUAUGGCUAUGAGGCAGACACCACCAGCAGCCUGGAGGACUACGAAGGCGAGAGUGACCAGGAGACCAUGGCUCCCCCCAUCAAGUCCAAGAAGAAGAGAAACAGCUCUUUUGUGUUGCCCAAGCUCGUCAAGUCCCAGCUACGAAAGAUGAGCGGGGUGUUCAGCUCCUUCAUGACUCCAGAGAAGCGGAUGGUCCGCAGGAUCGCAGAGUUGUCCCGGGACAAAUGCACCUAUUUCGGGUGCCUGGUGCAGGACUAUGUGAGCUUCCUGCAGGAGAACAAGGAGUGCCACGUGUCUAGCACCGACAUGCUGCAGACCAUCCGGCAGUUUAUGACCCAGGUCAAGAACUACUUGUCUCAGAGCUCUGAGCUGGACCCCCCCAUUGAGUCAUUGAUCCCCGAAGACCAAAUUGAUGUGGUGUUGGAGAAGGCCAUGCACAAGUGCAUCUUGAAGCCCCUCAAGGGCCACGUGGAGACCAUGCUGAAGGACUUCCACACAGCUGAUGGCUCAUGGAAACAACUCAAGGAAAACUUGCAACUCGUGCGGCAGAGGAACCCGCAAGAGUUGGGGGUCUUCGCCCCGACUCCUGAUUUGGUGGAACUGGAGAAAAUCAAGGUUAAGUUCAUGACCAUGCAAAAGAUGUAUUCACCAGAAAAGAAAGUCAUGCUGCUGCUGCGGGCCUGCAAGCUCAUCUACACUGUCAUGGAGAGUAACUCAGGGAGGAUGUAUGGUGCAGAUGACUUCUUGCCAGUCCUGACUUAUGUGAUAGCUCAGUGUGACAUGCUUGAAUUGGACACUGAAAUUGAGUACAUGAUGGAGCUCCUAGACCCCUCGCUGUUGCACGGAGAAGGAGGCUAUUACUUGACUAGCGCCUAUGGAGCACUGUCUCUGAUAAAGAAUUUCCAAGAAGAGCAAGCAGCAAGACUACUCAGCUCAGAGACCAGGGAUACCCUGCGGCAGUGGCACAAGCGGAGAACCACCAACCGGACCAUCCCCUCUGUAGAUGACUUUCAGAAUUACCUCCGAGUUGCAUUCCAAGAGGUCAACAGUGGCUGCACAGGAAAGACCCUCCUCGUGAGACCAUACAUCACCACAGAGGAUGUAUGUCAGCUCUGUGCUGAAAAGUUUAAGGUGGAGGACCCUGAGGAAUACAGCCUCUUUCUCUUCGUUGAUGAAACGUGGCAGCAGUUGGCCGAGGACACUUACCCUCAAAAGAUCAAGGCUGAGCUGCACAGCCGGCCUCAACCCCAUAUCUUCCACUUUGUCUACAAGCGCAUCAAGAGUGAUCCUUAUGGUGUCAUUUUCCACAAUGGGGAAGACCUCACUCCCUCAUAGAAGGCACAUGGGACUUGCUCUUGAUGCAUCCAAAAGGGAGCUAGGAGCCUGGUCCUCUGGCUGCCACAUGUUUAAGCUUGGAAGACAGCCACCUCCUUGAGGACCCCUCAGUUCAGCGACUAAGCCAGCCACAGGCUAACCUGGUUAAGGGGAUCUUUUAGACACACUGCCCAGACAAGUUUGCUGAGCUUCUCAAAAUAGUGAGAUUCUCCUCCAGAAAUGGAGAAUUGCAUCUGAUGGUUCAAAUGUCCUCAGAAUGCUGGCUUCUUGGUCCUAGUCAGGUUCUAGGUUGGCUUACAUGUAUGUAUAUGUGCUGAGGAAACAUUUAAGGUACAAGCUCUUUUCUUGGAUUCAUAGCAGGUGUUGACAAUACUGUCCGAUGCAGUGCGUCAGGUACUUCUCGGUUCUUUGGAUGGCUCCAUCCUUCCCCCUCUCCUUUCUUCUUCGUUCCUUCUUUUUCUUCCUUCUUUCAUUCCUUCCUUCUAUCCUCUCUUUUUUUAUAAAGAGCCUUUUGUUUUUAUAUAUUUCAUAGAAAAUUUUUAUAGCAGUUGCAGGUAAACUGUCAGAAUUUGUUUUUAAAAUAUUUUUGUAACUUUAAAGUAUUCUAUAAUUAUGCAUGUGAUUUAACAUUUAAUAUUUGAAGAUAAAUCUCUUGCUGGAUUUGAGAGUAUUGCAUUUUAGAUGUCUCUUUUCUGUAACUGGAUGUUUUGGCAACUUUGUGGGGAGAGACUGCUGGGUUUUCUUAAAGCAGUGUAUUCCUGACACUGGCCACAGACUGCCUUUGGAAAUCUGACGUACUGUUAUCCUGUUCAUGUGUAGUGGUGUUGUGCUAUUUGUUUUUGUUUUGUUUUUGUUUUGUUUAGUUCUGAAGUACAUGAUUCUGAGAAUAAGGAGAGAAAUGAAUGUAGAGAGAGGUAGAGAGAGAAACACAGACUCUAAGGAAUGGCUGAGGAAUGUAGUGUGCAGUUUCAGGCUCUUCGGAGUACAUCAGAAAAGGAGUCAGGAGGAAGCCUCUGUGAUAAAGUACUGUAAGUAUGUGCUGUAGCGAGAUUCGGCAAAAUUCUGGUCCGUGUGUGGUCUACUUUGGGAGACAAGUUUGAAAAUUCCACAAAGAAAAGUAAAUCAAGGCUAGCUCCCCCCACCUGCCCCCCCAUUUCAUAAACGCAAACUAACAGCAUCCAACUGUUUAGAAGCAGAAAACAAGUAAUAUAUAAUGUGGCUGUUGCUGAGUUAAAUAAGAUGCUGUUGGGAAAAGAGUGCACCAAAAGAAAACCUUCUGUUUUGUAAGAAUAUAAGGUGGCUGGGAAUGUGGCUCAGUGGUAGAGCUAGUGUGCACAAGGCACUGGGUUCCAUCCCCAGCACCACAAAGCAAACAAAACACACAGAAACCCAUAUAUAAGAAUAAGGUGGAUGUGUGAAGUUAGAUUCAUGUUUUAUAAAACCAGUUGAUUGGCACAUACUACAAGGGUCUUGUGUCAGUAUAAUACAGGUUAUUUAAAAGAAAUUCGAGUUACUGUACUGUGUGAGGACACAGGCAUCUGAUUUGGUGGGCCUUGUACCUGCCCCUUCCAGCCUUGACUUUUAUUGUAGUAGAACCUUCAGCACAUUCUGUGUUGUACUUCCUUUUGUAAAUGAUUUUUAAAUGGAAUUUUGCACAUAAUACAUUGUAAUACUGUAAAAUAAUCUUGUGUAAAAAUAAUUUUUGCAAUAUUC